CGCCCAGUCCAGCGCGGGCCUAAGCGAGCGGGCGCGCGCGCCAGGAAGUGGGGAGAGCGCGAGUCCAAGCGCUGGCGGCGGUCCUUCUGCGCGCUCCAGACGGGCCAUGCUCGCGCUCCGAAGCGGCCUGAGGAAGGCGCUGGCCCUGCGGGCGCUGGCGCCUCAGGUAUGUUCACCUUUUGCUACAGGUCCCAGGCAAAGCGAUGGGACGUUAUAUGAAUUCCGCACCUAUUUUCUCAAGCCUUCAAAGACAAAUGAGUUCCUGGAAAAUUUUAAGAAAAGUGUUCACCUUCGAACAGCUCACUCUGAAAUGAUUGGAUAUUGGAGUGUAGAAUUUGGAGGCCAAACAAACAAAGUAUUCCAUAUUUGGAAGUAUGAUAAUUUUGCUCAUCGAACUGCAGUUCGCAAAGCCUUGGCUAAUGAUAAAGAAUGGCAAGAACGAUUCCUCAUUCCAAAUUUGGCUUUCAUUGAUAAACAAGAAGUUGAGAUUACCUACCUGGUACCAUGGUGCAAAAUAGGAACACCUCCCAAGGAAGGAGUCUAUGAAUUGGCUACUUUUCAGAUGAAACCUGGGGGCCCAGCUCUGUGGGGUAACGCAUUCAAAAGGGCAGUAAACGCCCACGUUGAUCUCGGCUACUCUACACUAGUUGGUGUUUUCCACACUGAAUAUGGAGCCCUCAACAGAGUCCAUGUUCUCUGGUGGAACGAGAGUGCAGAUAGUCGCGCAGCUGGGAGACAUUGGUCUCAUGAGGAUCCCAGAGUCGUGGCUGCUGUUCGGGAAAGUGUCAACUACCUCGAGUCUCAGCAGAAUAUGUUCCUGAUCCCAGCAUCCUUUUCACCACUGAAGUAGUUUCCAACCUGACGUCAGACAUCCCAGUCACUGAUGUGAGAAGUGUCUGCAGUGGGUGCUCAUUUCUCCCGAGAGAAUCAUUGUCUUUGUUGUCUGAAGGAGGUGGUGAGUUAACCUCACUGUGCCCUCUGCAUCUUAAGGCUGUGUCCAUGACUACCAGUAAAAACUUCGGUUCAUUUUCGCCAUGCCAUUUCAUGUCUACCACACAUGAGAAGGAGUUCUGUUACUCUAUGACCCUGGUACUUUAUUGUUCCACAAUAUCUUGUCUUCUGUAAUUUUAUGACUCAUUGCUAUCUUAUAUUCAAAUAAUGAUUUUGAAAUUUUUUGCCUGGAAAUAUUUUUAAAUUAGUUAAAUACAGUAUCUAUAUUUUUGUCACAUUCAUUUUUCCUGAAUUUUAAAAAUAUUUUUUACCCAGUAAUGUUUGCUUUGUGAUAUCAAAUGGGACUCAUAGAAACAUUAAAUCUAGUAUUUCUUUAUUCUUUAGAAAAGUACAGUAUCAUGUCUUCUGUAUUCAUUAUGAUUUCACAUUAAUUAUUAAGUCAAAGUUGGAAAAUAAUAUAUCCUUGAGACUUAUUGCUGGAUAGUAUGGUUUUAGCAUGUUCGUUUUUAAUUAACUUUUACUGCUUUGAACUUUACCUUGAAUCACUCACAAAGAUUGUAAGACACUUAUUUAUUUCAAUGAAAUCUUUAUAAUUAUGGAAAUCUUUGACCUAAUAAAAGCCUUCUCAUCCA